AUGGACGAAUUAAGAGGGCCUAAUAUACAGAUAGUACUUCAUGUCAAAGAAGGUCUUGGAUUUGGAUUUUUGAAGGCUCCUUUCAUAGUGAGUGGAUCCCUUAAUGGGUAUAUGUUGGAAACUGAUCCUGUAGUACCUUCACAUGCACCUAUUUUUGACGCUGAACUUGUUUGGGAAGCAGACAAAAGAAGGUUUCGCAGUUUACGAGUUCAAAAUGUUCCCGUCAAAAUUGAAGUGUUUACAAUGGGAACACAAGGCAGGAAAGACAAGAUUGGCUAUUUGCUCCUGAGUUUACUUGGUGCUCAACCAUGCCCUUCUAACAAGAUUGUUGAUGUAAAACAUGCAUGGCAUAGAUUGCUAGGAGUAAAGUCUGAAGGCAAAUGCUGUCAUCCUCAGUUAAUGACGAGCCUCUCUAUCGAAGAUAGGAUCAACACACCUACUCCUAGAAACGAAUUGCGAAUGUUUCACAGCAAUGAAAUUGCGUAUCCAUCAAAAAACUCGGCACCACAAACGCCUCAAGCGAAAUCUAUGUUAAUGACUUUAAACGAAUACUUAGCUGAAAGUAAAAGGACCGUCUCAACACCUGAUUUACAACCGAAGUUGAUAUGUGACGAGGGGCUCAUACAAAUCGGAAGAGGAAAAGAACUGUUUGUUCUUAGUUUUGUUAUUGGAGCUGUGGAGAAUUUAGAUUUGUUGAUACCAGAGCAAGAUAAUAAAGAGACCGAUUGCUAUGUCACCUAUACUGUAUUCACACACAAUAUUAUGACAGACAGAGUGGCAGCUGUGUCAGGUAGUGCGGGCAGUAACGCACAGUUCAACCAGCGCACGUCACUCCGAGUAGCUUCAGACCUCGCCACCCUCAGCAGAUACUUCGCACAGUGCCCGCAUCUCGUCAUUAAGAUCUGGACGAAUGAGAAAGAUAUAGGCAUCUGCAGCGUGGACCUUCGCAAGAUAAUCCCAACGGAAGACACGGGUUACUUUGUAAACAAGUUCUGUAACGUAGACGGAGCUCUGGUCAUACACGAGAGAUGCUUCAUUUUGCGAUGUGACGACGUACCCACCGACCAUACACGGAGGCCCUACGUCGACAUUGAAAUGAGCUUGAAGUAUAUCGGCGUUAGGAGUGAUGUACAGAAACCAAAGAACCUGACCGCCCGUAGCGUAACACAACUAGAAAGCGGGAGAGGCAAGCCUGUAUCGGAAGCAGCUACGAUCAAUUUCCCUACUAGCGGCAGUUGCACCAACUUGCAGCAAGAUCUAGGUGGAGUAGCAUACACUAAUAUGGCAGCUAGCAACACUGCCAGGUACAAAAAUGCUUCAGGGGAUUCAGUUUUGAAAACAAAUGAAAUAGCAGAUCUGAUUAAAAAAAUGUGUGAUUCAUUCACACUAAGCCAGGAGAAACUAUUGGCAUGUCAGCUAAAACCUACAACAGCAGACAUGCAAGUACAAUGCGAGGAGAGGCAAGAUGAUGCCAGUUCAGAUAAAGUCGAUGCAAGAGAGCAACCUAUCGAAAGUGAACCUAUCAAACUACAGUCCUGCAAAAGCGAUUCAUAUGUAACACAACAGGGUGAAAGAGACAUGGCAAAAGUAGCCCUUUCAGUUGUGGAACGAGACGCAAUAAUGCAGAAGUUUGUGGAUGAUUUGGAAGAUUGGAAGGAGAAGCAACAGGAGUUAUUUAAAUGCCAAUUGAAGAGAAAAGAAGAAUAUCACCUGGAGCUUCUAGCUAAUGAGUGGACAAAGAAACGUGUGGAACUAGAGUACAAACUGAACAAAGGUAUCGAGCAGUGCCGUAACCUGGCUGCGGACCUCAGCAGAGCCACUGAAGACUUCAGAUUGAAGGGCUUCAGGAAUACGGAGAGAGAGAAAAAGCUGUUAGACGCAAAGAAAGGUUUAGAAGCACACUACACAGCUAAAUAUCAAGAGUUGAGAGAAGCAUCACAGAAGAUGGAGGAUGACAUGAAUCAUCAACUCAAACUGAAAGAUAUGAAGAUUGAUGAACUUAACCUUAAAAUACAACAACUCGAAAAACAAGUGGAUGUGUUAAAGAAUAAUAUAAAGAAUACUGAAAAAGAAGCCGAGAAUCGAUAUUCAGGACUGACGAAAGAUCAAACUGCAAGUCUUAUACAGGAGUUGAGAUACUUAGAAGAGAAGUUGGACAGCGCCGUGCAAUCAAAGGCUUUCUUCAAGGAACAGUGGGGUCGAGCAGUUCGUGAGUUGCACCUCAUCAAGCUCAAUACGAGGAAACAAAUGCUCACGCAGUUGAAACACGAUAGAAAAGAACUUGGUGAAAUGGGGCUGGAUACAAUAGAAGAUCUGGAAAAAAACACAAACCAGAAUCCAGUGGAUCUGAAGAAACUCAAAGAUGACUUCUAUGUGGACCUAUUAGCGAAUACGCCCGCUCUUGGAACUCCUCUAAUAGAUACGGCUGUACCCGAUGAAAUACAGAUGUUAAAUGAUUUGAAGAAUGUGCCUAAAAAUCCUCUAAACGAAAGAAUAAACGAAUUAAUAGCUCAGCGUGACAAGCUCAUAGAGGAAGAUAGUCCCGAUGAAGACUUAAUCAAAAAUCUAAAUCACGAAAUACGAAACAUGCUACUCAAUUGUGGUACAUGA